CUCUACGCCCUCAUGUUCGAGGAAGUCGAGUGGGCCGAGGAGGCCCUAAUGCCCGCGGUCCUCGGGCCCCUAACCUCACGGCCCCGGCCCUCGGCGGGCUUACAAACCAAGCAUUCCAAGCACCGCCAACUCUUGGCCACCUUAAGGGCCCUAGAAGCUGCAUCUCUCCCCCAGCAACCCCCCAGCUUACCUGGCAGUGACUCUGAGGAAGAGGAGGAGAUAGAAAGGAAGAAGAAACAGCAAAAAAAGGCCUUGUUUGCCACUGCCUCUACUGAAACAAAGGAGAAAAGGAAGAAAAAACAUCCAAAACAGGCUCCAUCUCGGAGUGAUUCUGAGGACGAGAAAGUAGAACUAAAGAAGAAAGACUGCAAAAGGUCUCAUCUUGGUAGUGACUAUGUUGAAGAGGAGAAAAGAAAGAGGAGACAGGUCCCUUCAAGCGGAGCCCAGCACCUAGACAGUGCUGACCAAACAGGUUCCAAAGCCCAGAAAGGUAGUGCUACAGAAGACCCACACAAGCCAAACCCUGGGUCUACCUCCCCUCAAUCACUCCAUACCUUGAGUCGCAAGCAGUGGCGGAACCGGCAGAAGAACAAGCGGAGACACAAGAACAAGUUUCGGCCCCUUCAACCAGCAGCCCAGCCCCCAGCCCCAGCCCCAGCCCCGGCUUCAACAGAGGAAUCAGAGGUACCUCCUGCUCCCAGGCCAGACAGCCAUGAGGAUCGAGCGGGUGCUCUACGAGCUCGCAUGGCCCAACGACUAGAUGGCGCCCGAUUUCGCUAUCUUAAUGAGCAGCUGUACUCAGGACCCAGCAGUGCUGCACAGCGCCUGUUCCAGGAAGACCCAGAGGCUUUUCACCUCUACCACCGUGGUUUCCAGAGCCAAGUCAAAAAAUGGCCGCUGCAGCCUGUGGACCGAAUCAUCAGGGAUCUUCGCCAGCGGCCUGCAUCCCUAGUGGUGGCUGACUUUGGCUGUGGAAACUGCCACUUGGCUGCCAGUAUCCGGAACCCUGUGCACUGCUUUGACUUGGUCUCUUUGGACCCCAGGGUCACUGUGUGUGACAUGGCCCAGGUGCCUCUGGAGGAUGGGUCUGUGGAUGUGGCUGUGUUCUGCCUGUCGCUGAUGGGAACCAACCUCAGGGACUUCCUGGAAGAGGCAAAUCGAGUGCUGAAACCAGGGGGUCUCCUGAAAGUGGCUGAGAGGAAUGAUGUAUAGGAAGGAGGCUAUGAGCACAGAACAAUCAUUUCAGCUACGAUGAGAAUUUGGAUCUCACUGAGUCUUCUCUGCCCCUAGGACCUGAGCAACAGCCACUUCUUCAUGUUUGACUUCCAAAAGACUGGACCCCCUCGUGUGGGGCCCAAGGCUGAACUCUCAGGCCUGAAGCUUCAGCCAUGUCUCUACAAGCGCAGGUGA